UAAAGUAAUAAAUUUAAAAAUAUAUCAAAUUUAAUAUAUAUAAAAAAUGUCGCGAAAUCAAUUGCCAGACUCGUCUUCGUCCCCGCCCAUAAGCCAUAUACCCUAUCAUAGCUUUGAUGACGAUCUGAUCAAUGAGCUGCCCUCCUGCAUUUAUGCGGGUCAACAUCAGAGCGGUGUCGGUGGUGGCGGGGGCGGGGGUGCUGCUGGAGGCAUCUCCUCUGGCGGCUCUGGGCUGCGUCUCAGCUCCAACAAUUUACGACACAUUCAGCAGCAUUAUAUGCAGCACAAUAAUGAAAAUCUGCUGGACUCUUCCACUAAUACGCUGGUGGGACUCAAUUCCAAUAACGCCACACCCAUGAUGUGCAAUAGUCCAAGCGCCAGCAGCAGUGGUGGUGGCGGUGGUGGAGCAUCUGGAGCUGGUGGACAAGGACCUAGUUCUGGACCAGGACCCAGUAAUGGGAGCUAUGGUGGAGCAGCUGCUGCCAGCUACAAGAUCCAGCGCCAACAAGCGAAUGUGCGGGAAAGGAAACGCAUCCAGAGGUCCGCACCAACUGGGUACACUAAAUGCAGCAUAAAUUCCGCCUUUGAUGAGCUACGGGUUCAUGUACCCACGUUUCCAUACGAGAAGCGUCUGAGCAAGAUUGAUACACUGCGUCUGGCCAUCGCCUAUAUAUCCCUGCUACGCGAGGUCCUGCAGACGGACUACGAUCCCCUCACCUAUGUGGAGAAGUGUCUGCGUGGUGAAAUCAAAGCAGAUCGCGCCAAUUGGAAUACAAGCGAUUUAACUGCACGUCUCUCAUGGAUCAACUGGGAGAAUCUGGGCGUACAUCCAGGACGACGCACGUUGCUCACCUCCCUGGCGUUGUCCUCGGAACCAAUGUGUGGAGCGCAUUGUGGCAUGCCAUAAACUGCAACUGCUUUUCACUAACCAAAGAGAAUAUUUUGAAAAUAUUCCAAUCUGCACUCUAAUAAGGAUUUACGAUCCAUUCCAAUUCAAAUGAAUCCAAUCAAUGAUCAAAUUCAGUUAUGUAUUCAAUUUUAGAGCCCAAAAAGUAUGCUAUGAAAUUAGAAACUAGACUAGAAUUCUCAAUUUAAGUAAAUAUUAUGUCU